AUGACUGAAAAUCCAGCCAAUUUAACUAUUCCGAUUCAGCCAGAAUCAUCCACUCUGCAACUACCUCAUAGGCAGCCUACUUUGCAACUUACUCGCAUGUCGCAUUUUUGUAAAACUUUUUUAUAUAAAGAAUUGGAGCGGUCUUUGGAUUUAGGGUUUGCUGCUGUAUGGGCUCGACAGGAUCUGAGUAGAAUAUCACUCCAAGAGUUUCUGGAUGAUGUAAUUGUAGAUCUAAGUGAUUGUAAACUGUGGGUGUUUUCAUGGAACAUACAAAACCCUGUUUCUUCAUAUAUACCUGUUUCCACAUUAAUUCGGGGUAUAUUGAUUUGUUUACCAGGACUUGACAAGUUUAUAGAAUUUCUGACACGUUCAAACAGCCGUGGAAUCUGUGUUUUUCGGCUGUUUAUUUAUCUGGUAUACGGAAAACUGGUUAUCCAGCCUGUUCAGUCUAUCCUUAGGUUGGAGCCCUUAAAUCCAGAAUGGCUCAAGAAACACUCUAGUAUUUCCAAAAAGAUUAAAGUUUUUAUAGCACCGCACGGCAUUUCUGCACAGCUGAUUCCAUCCGACACUUUAUCUAAAGUUGGUGAAUUGGAAGCAAUCUAUGAUGCGCUUGAUGUCCUUGGUGGAGAUACAGAUACUCCACCAGCCAUUCAAUCGACAGAUUUAACGACCACAGCUUCUGGCUAUAGUGGAUCUAGUUUGAAUAUGCUUGGACUUACCAUGACUGUGGAAAAGGAAAGCAGUUCAUUGGUUGAGGAAGCAGCGAAACUAGCAUUGUCUGAGCCUUUUGCUAAGCAGCAUACAAGACUUGUUUCUCCUAUACCAAAACCAGAAACCGAUCUGGAUAUGGAUCUCAGUCUUGAUGGACUGGGCAAUAUGGGAGAACUUACUGAUUUGGCAUUGGGUGAUGGAGUUACUGAUGAAGAUUUUGAUUUUUUUGAAACAAAGCGACCAAUAUCUACACCAAAAUCUGCAGUGUCGGUAAAGACUCCUAGCUGGACGUUGGCUGCGUCUUCAUCUACCUCUGUGACUACUUUACCUGUCAUUAGUAGUGCAAGCACCCCAGGGGCAGGAUCUUCUUUUUUGGCAUCUGCAUUGCAACCUGUUCAAGAUUUAAUCAACCCUUUGCGAUCGCAUACAGAUACAUCAGCGGUAGCACCUUCACCCGUAGCACCUUCACCGGGAGCUUCUUUUCAUCCACACACAUUUUCGCCUUAUGGCAACUUUACCACGCCGCAAUACAAUCCCAUGUCGCCCGCAUUUAUCGCUACAAAUGGUGCAUCGUGCAAUACCACUGGACUUGCCACUGUUGGUGGUUUAUCUACCAGUCCAGGUAAACUGCGAUUUGAUGGAGGUGUAUCUCCAGCUGAAUCACCUGCAAUGGUGUUUGGAUCGCCUCAGUUUAUGCAUGGAGAUGCAGCCACACCACAUUUUGCACAAUCUUCACCUUUUAACACUGCUGGAUCACAUAUUCCUGCCUCACCUGCGGUUGGGCCAUUGGUCACCACAUCGUCCAUGGUGCAAACCCCAUCAUUGACGACUGAGCGCGUUAUUUCUAGGCUAAAUGAGCAACACGAUGAUCCGAGCAUGACUGUAGACAGUUCUCAAUUCACUAUUGGGAAUGAAGUGUCUGUAUGCGAUGCGUUUGUAGUCGAGUCAGAACCUAUGAAAGUAUAUCAGUCUUUGCAUCCCAAUCAAACAGUCAAAUCCCCAGUAUCAGACGACUCUUUUGAGACUGAAAUUUUGCAAAUGACAAUGCCGGAAGCGUGGUUGCCAUUUCGUAUUCGGUUUGAUUUGGUAUUUGGUGCCAAGAUAAACCACAAUCAACUGGCGUCUUUUUCCAAACUAAACGAUUUGAAGUCGAUCAAAUUGGAGGACGGAUCUAUACAAGCAGCUGAGCAAAUUUGUGCCAGGUAUGGCAGUAAAUACGCCAAAUGGUGUUACCGUCCAACUGCUCGUCGUGCAACUAAAAAAAUCAAAAAGCGUGCAGUUUUACCUGGUACCAUAAAGCAACUUUAUGAUAUGAAUGUGACCAAGAAUGUGAGAAACUUGGUUCAGCGAACAUUGGCAGAGCACGAAAACACAUUUUCCAAGUCACCACAGCUGCUCAAGUUAAUGGCGAGCGAUAAAAUGCUUACCAAAACAGAUUUGUUUAAAAACACAGCUAGUCUUUUUACAGCACCGCACUUGGGUUGGCUUAUUGGCAACUUUUCUGAUGCAACAGCGUUUAUGCCGUUUGAUACGUGUCUCGAGUUGUCUGAUUGUGAGAUCAUGUGGCAUCAAGAAUCUAAACUUGGCAGACUAGAUGAGUUUUGUGUGCCCGAUAUAUCUCAUCUGAAUGCAUUGUGUUUUGAUUGUGGCGAGCAUCGUGACCAUUCAUCAAAAUGCGAAUGCUGUACAGACUUUCAGAAUAUUCCUACUGGUACACUUAUCGGUCCACUUCCCUGGAGUUUACCGGCUACUGCAUGUUCCAACAAACUGUUUGAUACGAUUCGUAUGACUUUGGUUUCUUUGCUUGGUAUGAAUAGUGGCGAUGAUUCUACCACGUUGAAUAUAUCUGGACCAUUGGCGUUGCUAGAAUAUCAUAAUUUGCAAGAAAUAGAUUUGUCUACUACCAAAUAUGGCGGAUUUCAAGUGCGUAAAAAGAAACGAAUCAUGGAACCCGUAGUAGAUAUUCUUGCUGCUCCAGAUAUUAUUUUUAGACACGAUGGUGCACUGAUUUCUGCUAAUCCAUUCAGCUAUCGAUUUUGGACCAAGCUGCGUCUUGAGCCUUAUGCUGGUCGUAAGCGGAUAGCGUAUUUUGGUGUAUGUGGUGUAUCAGAUAAAAUGACGACUGAUACUAUGGACAUUGAAAAGUCUUCAGUUGUUGAAACCAUUUCAAUACAGAUGAAGCAGACUGCUUGUAUGUGGAUGACAGAGUUUCAAAACGAAUGGGAUGUGCAUCGGUUUGGUGACUGUAAACCAUUAAUGGAGUCUGUUGAAUUGUCAACCUGUUCUGUCAAUAUUCCAGAUAAUUUUGAUGUAUGUGAUGGUGCAUCUGUGACCAAACUGUUUUCCAAGGCUUUCACUAAAUCAAUAUGCAAGCGUGCACGAGAUUUCAUUGUAGACAUCACGUCACCUUAUACUGUAUCAAAGGUGUAUGAUGGAAGCUAUCAAUCGCCUAAUACUCUUUCAAAAUACUGCUCCCAUCUUUGUAUUUUUAUAUUUAUUCCGCCAUAUAUGCUUUAUCACGCUCAACGAAAAUGGCCAGCAAAAUCCGGUCAUAUUAGCUAUUUCGUACAACUAUCUUUGCAGCUAUGUGAUUAUUUAGCAUGCUUUGUUUCUAAACUGUGCAGUAUUUCUGUUGACAUUAUUCGAUCCCGGAUCGUGUUUAAGCCUGUUGUUUUUCAUCAGGACCGUUUAUAUUCCGCAUUGGUAACUUCAAAUGACUGUCAUGAUGUAUAUAAUCAAUGUCAAUGGGUGCUGCCAGCCCCAGUUUCGUUGCGCAAUGCGAAUUCAAGUCGACCCAUUUCAAUGGAUCACUCAAAUGUUCCUUGCGCUAUUCCUGCACCGUCAGUUAUUCUUGAUGACAAGCGGGAAGGCAGACAGGCAUUUUUAUCUAUACGAGGACAAGAUCAUGGCACGAUAGAUAGUGAUUCUGACGGGGAGUGUACGAGCUAUGAUGAAUUUUUUGAUGAUGCUCGACGGGCUGCUAGUGAGAGGCUUAUUGUUGAACCGGUGCGAGUUGCACAUGUUGUGUAUUGGAUUUAUAAAACAGAGUUGGAAAGGGUACAGAUUUUUGUAAGAUGGACAGAUCAUCGUGGUGAAUUAUCGGGUGCGGGAAUUGUAUCGAGUCGACAGCUAGAAUCUCGAUCUGCCUUGUUUGGUCGUAUGAUUGAAAAUCUGCAGUGUAAGUUUGGACAGCGCGGAUUUGCUUAUAGAUUAGCUGUUUUCAAAAUUGGAAGUAUGGAUCGAUUAGAAAUGCAAGAUUGGAUAUUGGCAAUGCAGCAUUUUUGCGGAUCAUCUAUACAAGAGUCGACGAAUCCAUUGAAAGACACUGGGAUUGAUACGACUCAAACACCACUCAACAAGAACGUAGUUGAGACUCGAUACCAACCGAAUUCUCAAAUUGGAGAUUCGUCAGAUGUUCCGAUUGAAUUGGAUUUGGAUUCUGAAAGUAGUAGAUCUUGUAUGCAAAAACCAGCUGUGUCCUGUAUUGUAUCCAUUUCUGUGUUUUGCAUAUCAACGUGUAGUGCUUUGCAAUGCUCUCGACCAUGUGGAUCUGCACCUUUUGGACCAUUGAACAAACAGGGUGAUGGUGUUUGGUGUGAAGAUUCGGUGCCUUGUGCGAUAUUUACGCUUUCUCACCAUCGUGUUCCACUUCCAGUUAUUUCAUUUGGUCAACAGAAUCUUGUGCCAUUUCUUCCUCUCUCGUCGGGAUGGAUAUUAAAAGGAAGUCAAAGUAUGAGACUAUCGCUAUUGUGGCAUUCACUUACCGAAUCUGCAGCUUUGAUUGCACCCUCACGGUUACGUCAUAUUUUGGUUGAUGAAUGGGAUCAAGAGCCUGCAAGUUCACCUGUAGGAUCAUCAUCUACUGGGUAUCUAGCAGCACUUCCAAAUCAUUGUAACAUUGUAAGGGAUGUUCUCAAACAACUAUGCUCACUGGACCAUUUGUAUAAACUUGUUUCUGAUGAAUAA